AUGCUUCACAACAACCCUAUUGCCAUCGUUGGCAUCGCUACUGAGCUCCCCAGCGGGGAACACUCUCCCAACAACCUAGGUCAUGACGAGUUCUUCAAGUUCCUCAUGGACAAGAAGGACUCAUACGUACGCAUCCCGGAGGAUCGCCUCAACAUAGACGCAUGGGCUGGCCGCGGGCUCGGGCAGAUCAAUGCGGAGCGAGGCUCGUUCCUCAAGGACGUCGGCAUGUUCGACCCGACCGAGUUCGGUAUCACAGCCAAGGACGCGCGGGCGAUGGCCGUGACUACCCGCAAGCUCAUCGAGCUCGCCUUCCUCGCGCUUCUCGAUGCCGGAAUAGACUACCGCGGGCGGAACGUCGGGUGUUACGCGUCCGCGACCGCGUUCGACAUGCAGGCCAUCGCCGAACCGGACGAGAUGGAGCCGCGGGGCUCGCUCGCGGGCAUCCCUUGCAUGGUCGCGAACAAGAUCUCGUACCACCUCGACCUCCGCGGUCCGUCGAUCCCCGUCGACACUGCGUGCAGCUCGAGUGCGGUCGGACUGCACCUCGCUGUGCAGGCGAUUCAGAACGGCGAGUGCGACGCCGCCGUCGUCGCAGGCUGUCAACUCAACCUUCGUGCUUCCGACUUUGCGCUGUACACGCAAGCAUCAAUUCUUUCUCCGGACGGCCGCUGCAAGCCGUUCGACGCCGGCGGGAAUGGGUUCUCGCGGGGAGAGGGGGCGGCUGUUGCGAUCCUCAAGCCCCUGGAUCAGGCUAUCAAAGACGGAGAUCAUAUUUAUGGAACGGUUCUAGGCACGGGUGUCUCUUCAUGUGGAUCACUCGCGCCAGUCAAUGCCCCGGUGGCUGAAGCGCAGGCCAACGCCAUGGAGCGUGCUUACAAGGCAGCUGGGCGACUUCCCGCCGAAGUUGAUUUCGUAGAAGUCCACGGCACAGGCACUGCCGCCGGCGAUCCAACUGAGGCUAACUGGGUGGGAGAACGAUUUGCAAGAUCCGGUGAGCUACUGAUUGGCAGCGUGAAAGGAAACAUCGGCCACCUCGAGAUCACAUCCUUCCUUGCAUCCAUGUCGAAGGUGGUCUCCAUUUUUGAACACAAGCACGUGCCGCCGCAGGUGCAUCUUCGCAAGCGCAACCCGGCCAUUUACUGGGACAAAUACAAGCUGCGCGUCCCGAUGCAGCCGGAGCCCAUCACGGCACGCUCAUCUUCUGGGAACCUCCUCGUAUCGAUCUGCAGCUCAGGCAUCGGUGGUGUCAACGCGCACGCGGUAUUGGAGAGCUACCCCCGCGCUGAGCGCCCUGCCCGAGCGUCAGACGCCACCGCCACACUGCUCAUCGCGGGAGGCCUGUCGCCUCGCUCGGCAGCGGCUGUCGCGGAUGAUCUCAAGCAGACCGUCGCGGGUCAGACGGAUGAGGCCGCGGCGGACUACUCCAUUGUAUAUGGUCGCCGGGCGCGUCAAAUGACUUGGCGUAGUUUCGCUGUCAAACGCCCGUGGCAAGAUAUUACUUCCUUCUCUCAGCCCGUUCUUGGACCGCGCGUUAAGCCACCGGUUGUUUUCUUGUUCUCGGGGCAGGGUCCCCAACAUCUUCACAUGGGCCGGCAGCUAUUCGAGGCGUAUCCAGUAUUCAGGAAGAGCAUGCUAGAGCUGGACGCCUGCUACAAGCAGCGCACUGGCGUGUCGAUGGUGCACGACAUCGGUCUGUUCGGCAAGACUGUUGGGCAGGGGUUGCCCUCGGUCUGGCCAAUUGCGUUGAUCCUUCCCUCUAUCACGGCCGUCCAGCUCGCGCUAUUCGAUCUGCUCGUCAGCUUCGGCGUGCAGCCAGACGUACUGAUUGGUCACUCAGCGGGCGAGACCGCCCUGCUGUACGCGUCCGGAGCCGGGUCAAAGGAGAUGGCGCUGGAGAUCUCUAUUGCGCGUGGCGAGGCAAUGACGAUCGUCGAGGAACACUCAGAGGGCACCAUGGCGGCUAUCGCGUGCUCGGCGGACGAUGCGAACCGGAUCCUGCAGAGCGUGUCCUCGAAGCACCCGGAUAAGACGGUCGAGAUCGCAUGCUACAACAGUCCUGAUGCCGUCGCACUGGCUGGCCACACAGUCCUUGUCGAUGAGGCUGUCGCCCUUGCCAAUAAGUCGGGCUUCAUCGGCCGCAAGAUCAUGACCCGCGUCCCGGUUCACGGCAGCCUGAUGGAGCUUUGCGAAAAGGAAUUCAAAGCGCUUGUCGGCGACGUCUUCGCCAGGUACCCUGGCGAGUACCGCACCAAGGUUACCACGUACUCGACCUGCACUGGUCAAGUGUUGGAAGGCUUCACUGCGGAGUACUUCUGGCAGAACUCGCGGAACGCCGUCCUUUUCGACACGACCAUGGCACGCCUGAUCGGCGCUCACCCCAACCCACUCGUCGUCGAGAUGUCCCCGCAUCCGGUCCUCGCGUCGUACGUUGCAGAGAUUGGAGUGCCCGCGUCGUCGAUUGUCGGGCCGAUGAGGCGUUCCAAGACGAUCACGCCAUAUAUGGAGCAGACAUCGCUGCUGAAUGCGAUCGGCCAGCUAGUUGUCGCGGGGUACAACCGGGUCGACUUCCAGGCUUUGAACGGCCGCUGCGAAGGUGCGAGCGCCCCCCGCGUCGUGACUUCUGCGUACCCGUUCGCCAAGAAGCAUGUCGAUUACUUCCCCGAACUGUCGCGCAUCAUGCAUCGCCAGAUGAGCUCUAAGGCUGGCCCGCUCAACUUCCCCGACCUCCGCGUCAACAUUGCGACGCACCCCGAAUUGGCAGAGCAUCUUAUCAAUUCGGAGCCAAUCAUGCCCGCGGCGGGUUUCAUCGAAAUGGGACUUGAGUGUGGUGCAAAGACGAUGUGGAACAUCAAGUUCCACUCCAUCUUGGCACUUUCUGCCAAUAGUCCAGUUCCUGUCCAAGUCAGCGUCGACGGCAUGCGCUACUCCGUGCUCUCUCAGACUCUACAAGGCGCCAAGUUCUUCAACCACGACCCGAAAAGCCUUCGACUACAUGCGGAUGGUUUCUUCUCCAAGGAUAUGGCGCCAAGGCCUGCUGACCUGAACGUUCCCGCUAUCAUCCAGCGCUGUGCGGAGUCCGAUGAAACUGGUUUCUACCACGUUCUCGAGUACUUUGCGCAGUACGGGCCGUCGUUCAGACGCGUCGAUCAACUGUUCUUCGGCAACCGCGAGGCUUUGGUCCGUAUCAAGGGCAUGGGUGGUGACCUUGCUAGGGACGGCAACUACAUCUUGCAUCCGGCCGUCUUGGACGCGAGUUUCCACGUCUGCGUCCAUCCGAGUAUGACCAAGUCUACGGACCCGAACGUUUACUACCUGCCCUCCGGCGUGAAUGCCAUCAACGUCUACGAUGCGAUGACUAAGGAUGCCCUAUGUGCUGAGCACAUCUAUGCCUAUGUUACUUUCAAAUCCUGGAAGCCCUCUGAAAUCGUAUACGACGUCGCACUUCUGGAUAUGCGCGGGCAGUACCUCUGCCUCCUGCAUGGAUUUUCUGUCGCCCGCCAUUACCAGAUCCCUGUCCAAGAAGUUUCAGCUCGAUAUGAGCUGGUGAACCAAGUGUAUAGCAUCCCGGUGAAGCCAUCCAUCUCGAGCAAGAGCUCGGACUCCGGCGUAGAUCUCGGCGGUGACGUUGAGUCCCUCGAAGAUCGGUGCCGCGACGUUCUGAAGUACGUGGUGGAAACGUGCGGCAAGAAGUCCCUUCGCAUUCUGGAGCUUUCACUCGGUGGGGCGCCAGUUCUGGGCAAGCAACUGGUCGACCUGCUGGAUGGUCUCGGUGCUGCGCCGGCGGCCUACACCAUUGCUGCUGUCGACGUCGGCGCCAUUGCACCCGAAGCCAAGCCCCAGCAAUACGCGUCUGUCACUGUGGAUGCCACUAAGCCAGACAGCCUCGCAAGCCUCGACCCCGCUGCGUUCGACCUGAUCCUUGGCUCUGUCGAUACCGCUCCCGGAGUAGACGUGGAGGCUAUCCUCAGGCACUUGCGUCCUCGAUUGGUUCCUGGAGGAUUCCUGCUCUUGCUCGCACCUCCGUCGCGUGACUGGCAAUCACUCCUCGAUCAAGCAACAUUCGAUCAGGUUCUCCUGUCAGACGAGGAUGACAAGCGACGCGACGUUCUCAUACAAGCUCGAUGCCCCGCUCUUCCCACCACGUUGCCUACUACGUACCCGGUGGAGAGCAGCCCCGUGAUCGUGCGCUAUGCUGUCGGCGAGGAGAUGCAAGUACAAGACGAGCUGAAGCGAAUCGACGACUCGUACGACCAGCCCAUCUGGCUCGUCUCUUCAGAUGGCGCCGAUGCUGAUGGUCUCACUGGAUUUGGGCGCACUUUGACCAAGGAGUUCCCCCAAUGGAACCUGCGGUUGGCGUCGUUCGCAAGCACCUACUCCGACGAGGAUCGGGCCUUCAUCAUCACGAACUACCUCCCCCAGGCUGGGGAAGAGCGUGAGUUCGUGAUCGAGGAAGGACUUCGCAUUCGGUCUCCCCGAAUCGUCCCCAUGCCGCCGCCCUCCAUUUCCGUCCACUCUCUUCCCGCGCACGCGGAGCCUCUGGGAGAGCACGAGCUCCGAGUUGAAGUGCUGCACUGUUCUUCGUCAGAUACAGGCCUGUGGGGUGUGGUCGGCAAGGUUGUCGAGGCUAAUGGCUCCGCUCAUACCUAUCUAGUUGGUCGACACGUCGUCGCGGUGGUCCCAGACGCACCUGCGCCCGUCGCACGCAUUCACCGCUCGGCGAUGGUCCGCUUGCCUUCGCGCGUAGACCAUGCAGCCAUGGCCGUCGCAGCCCCCGCCCUCUUCGUUGGAGGUCUGAUGCUCGGCGCCGGUGCCCUGACGAACCCCAUGCGGCUUCGCUCCAGGGUUGUCAUUACGCAUCGCGAGGACAAGACGGCACAAGCGCUGUCCGCUUUGUGUCACAUGCUUGAUUUGUCCGUGACAACGCUGUCGUCAAAGCCCUCGCCUCAGGAGCUCUACGCAUUGAAGUUGCAGCCGGCUGAUAUCCUGUGCACGGCCUUCGAGAAGAACAGUCAGCUUCUCGCCGGCUUCGUCCCGCAGGAUGGUACUGUUGUGUCCUGGAAGUCUGUCGGGUCAACCAGAGCGGCCAUUCGACGCGACCCAUGGGUCGUUCACGACGUUCUGAAUGCAAUCACGAAGCUGCCUGAUCUGGCCUCCGCCCUUGCUCCGAGCGCGGACCCGGUCACAGACAUUGGUGCUGUAGCACGAUCAGAGUCGCAGCUGUUCAGUGCGGAGAAGACGUAUCUCCUCGUCGGCGGAAUGGGAAGUCUUGGUCCCUACAUCGCGCUGUGGAUGUACCAGCAUGGGGCUCGUCACGUCGUCCUCACGUCUCGAUCGGGUCGGGGUGCCCUGGCUAAGAUGGCCGACCUUGCGCCUUCGCUGGUCUUUGAGUACCUCGAGUCGCUGUCGGAUUUGUCUCUCGUCGUGGAGGCCGCCGACGGUGCCGACGUCAAGGCCAUGGGGGCCGUCCUCAGUCGCAUGCAGAAGCCUCUAGGCGGCUGCGUCUUCCUGGCGACCGCCUUCGAUGAUCGUCUCUUCCAUGCACAGGACAGCGCAAGCUUUUCUCGGAGCUACUCCGCAAAGGUCGGGUCCGUCGAGACUCUUGAAGCCCUCGUCGACCUCGGUGCACUCGACUUCGUCAUCGGUCUCUCGAGCGCGACGACGUGGGGUAACAUUGGACAGACCAACUACACCAGCGCGAACACCAUCAUGGAGGGUAAGCUUGCACGUUACCGCAAUGCAUUCUCGAUCGCGGCCCCUGCCAUCUUCAAUACCACUUCGAUGACGGGCACGGUGACGACCAGCAAUGCUGAGCGCGCCUCCCAUCUGACCACAUGGGCGCUGUCUCCUGAGGAGCUCUGCAAUUGCCUCGAAGACGGUAUCCUCAAACUUCAAGACGGGCCAUUUGGCGUCUACGUCCCAGCACUCGACUUCGACGUGAUCACAGAGAGUCUUGGCCCUUCGCACCUCUACGGCCACAUGACGCGUGGGAGUCAGCAGCAAGGCGCUGCGGUUGACGGCGAGGACCUGCACAACGUGUUGCAGUCCCUCGUUCUCCAGGUCGUGGACGUGGCGGCGGACGACUUCUCUGCUGAAGUGCCGCUGACGACGUACGGCCUGGACUCGCUCACCGCUGGUCGGUUGUCAAGUGCGCUGCGCCCUUGGGUCACGCUGUCCCAGAUGCAGCUGCUCGGCGACAUGACCUUCGCAGAGAUUGAGGCGCGCGUCGCGAAGGCCCAACAGCCGAAGCACGAAGAAGGCGCGCCGGGUGCGUCGAACGCGGACGUCGCUGCGGGUGCCGCGGAGCUCGAGAGGAUGAUCAGCAAGUACUCGAUCGGCUUCGACGUUAACGCGAAGCGCCCCACGGGCCCGCUCCUGCCUAACUCUGUCAUCCUCAUCACUGGUACUACGGGCGGUCUGGGAAGCUACUUCCUCGCGCAGCUCCUGGCGGACAGCGGGGUCAGCCGCGUGUACGCGUUCAACCGUCCGUCGGAGAAGCGCACGGUCCUCGAGCGUCAAGCCGCUGGAUUUGCAGCGCGCCAGCUCGACGUUUCGCUCCUGUCGUCGAAGAAGCUCGUCUUCGUCGAGGGCGAUGCCACAGCAAGCCAGCUCGGCCUCGACAAGGAGAUGUACGAGACGCUCCGUCGCAGCGUGACUGUGAUCAUCCACAACGCGUGGAGGCUCGACCUGAAUGCGCCGCUGAAGACAUUCUUGCCGAACAUCGCUGGGACUCGCAACCUGCUCGACAUGGCUCGCGCGUCUCCGCACGCGGACAGCAUCCGCUUUGCAUUUAUUUCAACGAUCGGCUCGACUCAGAACUGGCGGGACCUCAGCCAGCAGGUGCCCGAGGAGAUCGUGCAGGACGCCAGCUUGGCGGUGUUACGCGGCUACGGAGAGGGCAAGUACGUCGCUGAAAGGAUUGUUGCUGCCAGCGGUAUCCAGUCGUCGGUCUUCCGUGUUGGGCAGUUGUCAGGCGCGAGCGACACAGGCGCGUGGUCUGUCACGGAGUGGGUGCCCGAGAUCGUCAAGUCUAGCCUGAAGCUCGGUUCGCUGCCUGAUGCCGGAGGGAUGGUCUCCUGGCUCCCGAUGAACAAGACGGCGCCCGUCGUGCUAGACGCCGUCUUCUCGCCCGAUAGUCCCCCUGCGGUGUUCAACUUGGUACACCCGCGUCCUGUGACGUGGCACGCGAUGAUGAGCAACCUCGCGAAGAGCCUCUCCGCUCUGCAGGGCCGCACGUUUGAACUUGUGCCGUUCGUAGAUUGGCUCAACGAGCUCGAGCGGUUGAGUGCGACGCUGUCCGCCGAGGAAACGCAGGCGAUUCCCGCGCUGAAGCUUCUCGAUCGUCUGCGCAUCUACGCGGAAGCCUGCCCGCCACUGUCGUCGGACUUCACCGAGCCGGAGUUGCGCGAGUCGGGCGGAUGGGCGCGGCUCAGUCUAGACAAGAUGCUCGCGUUCAGCCCUACGUUGCGUGCGAUGCGCGAGCCGGAAGAGAUGAUCGGCAGCGAGGAGCAAGCGGCAACGUUCGUCCAAUACUGGCGCCGACAGGGCUUGUUGACUUCGGCUUGAACGUCAUCAUAGAGUGUAUGCAUACUUCAUAUAUUCGCGUCGUCCACCUAUUUACACCUAUCAUUAACAUCCUCUAUCGAACUGCAUAGACAUCUCGCUCGCACUGAAUCAUGUACAUACCCUCGACCUCUGAUAGUCAUGUAACAUCUGAAUCAUAUUGAUACUCUUUGACCGCCUGUUCUCAGAAGCCAAUUGCGUCGCGAUGCCUAUUUGAACAAACAAGGCUUCGCUGUUCGUCUGAGUAGUUUCU